AUGCAAAUCCCCAAUGCGAGUGCAGCUUUUACUCCCACCACCACCACCAUGACCAACAAUCAGACACCUUCACCCUUCGAUUUGCCAGCAUCAAUGCCCCCCAACACCUAUGACCUUAGCCACACCCCCUUGCCAGAUAACUCCUCCAACUACAGUGCCGAUAGCAACAAGGACUUUGGGGCCAGUCCUCUGCCCAUAGACGAUUCGAUUUUGACCAACAAACAUGUGCUGAAAGAUCUUGAGGCCCUCAUCGGUACCAUGGAACAGAAUCAGCAGAAGCAGAGUGAACAUGUUUUGCGCUCCAUCAAGGACAUGAUACACAACCUAAGGCAAGACAAGUCCGAUAUGGAGGAUUAUGAUAUGGAAUCCAUGCGCAUACUAACCAAGAGUCCCAUUACCACUCAGAAAUACAAGCAGACUGGGGACAAAAAUGCUGAAGGUGAAGCUGAUGUUAAGAAUUUUGUGUGGCAGCAUAUUCAGGAGAUUGUGCCCAAUUUAGUGCAACAAGUGGAAAUGGAGCUAUUGGAAGACUCCCGAAGCCAGAAGGAAAACUCGAAUGAAAAUCAAGAAGAAGUGCUGGAGGAAUCGAACGAGGAAGCUGUGCCCUUGCCACCACCUCCACCACCCGUGGACCAGGAUGAGUUCCUAAUGGAGGAGGUUAUAAAGCCAAAUUUAAAAAAUGCUUCCAUCAGAGAGGAACUUCCACCUCAAUAUUUGUAUACCGCCGAAAUAGCCCCCUUCCAGUUGGCCUUUGACAAAGCUUUGCAUAGGGAUCAUAGGCCAGAGAUUAUAUUUGACACCUUGAGGUCGGCAAUCAGGCAAGUCUUUAAAAUGUUCAAGGCCCCCGAGGCACCAGCGCCAGCACCAGCUGCAGAGCCAAAGCCCUUGGAGAAUACGACGACUUCUACUAUGGAAUGGCCAGAACCUCCUCUGCCAACGGUGCCUGCAGCCCAACAGACUCGGGAAAUGUCCACAGACAUAGAGUUGCAAAUUCCUUUGCCCGCAGUGCCCAGCGUUGCCAAACUUCCAACGCAAACAAGUCCUAAGGUAGUAAACAAUUCUACUACAACAACUACUGCUGAUCAACCUUUGGUAGUGUUAGGACAAACUGUAAACCUCCCUGAGACUUCAGGGUAUAAUACGAGCUCUCCCCAAAAUCAAUCCCCAGAAUUAUUGCAACAUACAGCCACUGCAGUUUCGAGUACACCUGAACCACAUAAAACUGAAACUCAGGAUACUCAAACUGCCACAGGAGUUGCCUCUUCUGCUGUUAGGCCAGUAGAGCAACCCACAGAAAUCCCCUCAGCAGUCUUGCCAGAGAAAGACAAUACCUCGCAAGAUACGAAUGUUGUAACAGGAUCCACAAUGCCAGAGAACACACAAUACCAAAUCAUUCAAGAAGUGGAAACUAAUGCCACCAUAAUCCCCACAGGUAUGACAUUGGAAAAUACAAGUGAACAGACCCCCAAGGAUACAGAAAAAGUAGCCAAGGAAGGGUCAGUUGUUGAUGAAACUCCAUCGGUGGCCAACUCUGGCGCACCUACUUUAGAAACCAAGGAGGAGCAGGAAAAUAUUAGCCAGGAACCCAAGGCAGCAACACAAACGCCAAAUGCAAAAUCAACUUUGGAAAUCAGCGAAGAGGUUCAAACUACAAACUCCGCAGAAAUCAAGUCUGAAUCAGCUGAGAUACAAGACAAAACUUCAAACCAGACUACGAAUGAAAUACCGUUAUCUUCAGACAUCCAAGAGGUACAGCUUCCUUCAAGCCCCAAAGAUAUGGUAACACCUACAACAGAACCCCAGUCUACUGCAUUAGCCAGCCAAGAAACAGUUGAGAGUUCCGAAGAAGCUCCCCCCGCCAAUUCGGUCCAGUCUUCUUCCACCGAAUCCCAACAAACCAAUGUUCUCCCCCUAUCAACAAGUCAAUCUUCAGAAAUACCCACAAUUAAUGUGGAAGCUGAAACCCAAGUGCAAACCUCUACAAAUAAAAAACCCUUGACUGCUGGUAAUCAAAAGAAGACCUCGAAAAUUCCCGUACGCAGAACCAUAAGCAAUAACAGCUUGAUCUUGAAUUCCCCAAAGAACACACAGCCACAAGAACUUCCCAUUCCUUCUCCUACCAACGAUGAGGCCAGCUUUAGGUCUCUUACUCCCGAUGGCACUGAUCUUGCCGUGGAUGAUGUGGAGGACUCUGAAGAGGAAGAGCUUUACAGCUUACAAAGUGAUGAAUCGGAUAUUGAUUCUCGGGCCGAUGAUAUGGUUUCACCCACUGACACUGAGUCCCGUCUAUAUGAUCUCCAAUCGCCAACCAGCACCAACGAGAUGUUCUUAAUGAUCCACAAUGGCAUGGAAAGUGGCAUGGAGGAAAGCACCAUAGUACCAUCCACAAGCAGUUCCACAAUUCACUCUGCCAUUAGCUUUGUCUCCGGCCUAAAGUCUCCCACUGAAUUUAUACCCUCUGGGGAUCCCAGCAAGCAAAAUCUCUCGGAAUUGGUCAAGGACACCCAAAGACUGAUCCAGCAAAUGCGAGAUGAAAUACAGAUUGAAGAAUUCGAAUCCUCCACAGAUGAAGAUGACUAUACCGAUGACUACUACGAUGACUAUGAUGAUGAAGAACUGGGAGAAGAAGAAGAGUACUAUGAAGAAGGCGGUGAUGAGGAGCAGGGUGUUGAAGACGAUGAAGGAGAAUGGGAAGAUGACAUUGAAGAGGGAGAUGAAUAUGCGGAAGUCAUAGGUGAUAUGACAGAGGAAGAUGUGAACGAUGAUCAGCAGGAUCAACGACCUCAAAGUACUGAUCAAACUUCUGAACCUGGUCACAGAGAAGAACACAACACUUCUGUACUCUCGUAUACAUCUGAAUCAUCUACACACUCACAGUCCCAAACAUCUGAACAUUUUGUAGAUAAAAGCAUCAAUCCUCUCGAAGAAUCUAAUCAAAAUCUAACGAUUAAUUCUAAUCUUCCUGAAAACACAGCGUCUUAUGUAGAAACUGAGAGAAGUGAAACGGAAAUGCCAGUGGAGAUUGUAGUUGCUUCAGUAGACUCCAAGGAAAGUCCUACAGCCGCUUAUGUGGAGACAGAAAAUGCCUUGCCCGAGCUUCCAGUUGAAACGGUGCUGGAAGAAAACCUGCCAACGCCAACAGCAAUAACAGAAAGUGCAGUAUCCUCUGCGUCCGUCAUCAUAGAAUCUCUACCCCUGACCAUAGCAAAUGAAAUGGAAAGUGAAAACUCCUUGCCAGAGUUGCCAGCAGAAAUUGUGCUUUCGCCUGUGACACAAACUCUGCCCCUGCACACCGAAAACACCAUACCCGAAUUACCUGUGGAGGCGGUACUGCAGAGCACUGAGAAAAUCGUAGAUACCCCAAGUUCCCAGACUGUUAUUAACCAAACUACUAAUGAUUCAUCCACAUCCAUAUCAGCAUCGUCAUUGCCAACUCCAUCCAUUAAGGAUCAUGAAAUACCAUCGACUUCAAAUAAUGUGCCGUCCUCAUUGGCACCCAAAGAGGAAACGAUUCCUAACAAAGUACCACAAGAAUCAAAUCUGGAUGAGAAUAAGGCUUCAACAAGUAAACAGGCCACCAAACAAUCAAAGACCACAGCCUCGAAAAAGAAAGCCAGCGAAGAAGGCAAGACUACAACUAAAAAGGCUGCGGCAGCCAGUAAAAUCCCCAAACCCAAAGACAACCAAAAGGAGCAAAAGCCCAAAGCCAAAGAAACUCAAAAAGAGCAAAAGCUAAAAGAGCCAGCAGAAGCUCCUAAGCCUAAGGAGGCAGCCGCCACACCCAGAGAAGCACUUGCUCCAAAAAAGAAGUUACCCACUCGUUCCAAGUCUUUCUCUGGACCACCCACCCCCAUUGGCAUUACCUCGGUAAAGACCAUAACUCAACGAUUCCAGACUGUGCAGAAAUCCUCUAAUACACAAGCAGCCAAACCACCCACCACAAUCGCCCGAAAGCCCUCCAUUACCGAAGCCAUCAAUAAAUUGACUAAACCCUCCACCAGCUCUCAAUUACCAACUACCAGUUCUCUCUUCCGAGCCAGAACUCAACCUCGUAUACCAAAGAAGAAGUACCAUGAGACCUGCUUCUCGGACGAUGACUAUGAGACCACAUCAAGUGAGGAGGAGCCCGAGCCAUUGGAGAUAAGGCAACGCAAGAUGAGCGUACCUGUAUUCAGAGCUUAUCCCAGCCUGCAAGAGCCUGAAGAUGUUAAAACCGAGGAACUGGUGAAUAAGUUUGUGAAGGAGGAGUUAGUCAACACCUUUGCCGAAGCUCAAAUAGCUGCUGCUCUCAUCUCUAUGAAGUUUCCACAGGAUGUGUCUUUGUGGGCCGCCAAGGAAUGCAGUGAUCUGGAUCAUGCUGUGGCCUUGCUCAAACAAGAUUGUGAACUCUGCAGUGGCACAUAUGCUCUCAACGAAAUCGUAUCCAUGCUUAAGUGUACCCACAAGUGUUGUAAACAGUGUGCCAAAACCUAUUUCACCGUACAGAUAACCGAACGCAGUAUUAACGAUUGCAAUUGUCCCUUCUGCAAAAUGCCCGAAUUGCACAAUCAAACCGAAUAUGAAGAUGAUAACCUUGAGUAUUUCUCCAAUUUGGAUAUAUUUUUAAAGAGCAUUGUGGAGCCCGAUGUCCAUGAGCUGUUCCAGCGCAAGCUGAGAGAUCGCACUCUGCUCAAAGAUCCCAAUUUUAAGUGGUGUGUACAAUGCUCCUCGGGAUUCUUUGCAAGACCCAAACAGAAGCGUUUAAUAUGUCCGGACUGUGGUUCUGUGACCUGUGCCUUCUGUCGCAAAACGUGGCAAAAAGAACAUGAAGGCAUAUCCUGUGAGAAAUUCUUGGAAUGGGAGAAAAGCAAUGACCCCGAUGUGCCCGACAUAGGUGUACAGCAGCAUUUAGAACAGAAUGGCAUUGACUGCCCUAAAUGUAAAUUCCGAUACUCAUUGGCCAGAGGAGGUUGCAUGCAUUUCACCUGCACUCAAUGCAAAUUUGAGUUCUGCUAUGGCUGUGCCAAGCCCUUCAUGAUGGGUGCCAAAUGCACCAUAUCGCCCUACUGUGCCAAGCUGGGUCUUCACGCCCAUCAUCCACGCAACUGUCUUUUCUAUUUGCGCGACAAGCUGCCUGUUCAACUGCAGAUACUGCUCAAAAACAAUGGCAUCGCUUACGAUGUGGAUGCCGUCGAGACCAACGAUGAAAACGAGCCGAGCACCUCCGGCAGCGCACAAAAACUACCCGCCCUAUGUCCCAUUCCCAUACAAAAAGAGACUCCCAAUGGCCUGGUCGAUACCAAAUGCAAAAAUGAUGUGCCCGAAAAGCACGCUGGCAUGUGCAGGACCCAUUAUGUAGAGUAUUUGACUGCCAAGGUGGCCAAGGCCAAUAUCGAUCCUUUGCCCAUUUUCGAUUUGACUGAUUGUGUCCAAGAACUGCGCAGGCGUGGCAUUCCUUUGCCCGAUCGUGGUCCUUGGGAUACCGAUGAGAUCUACAAGACCAUGUGUGCGGAGGUGAUUCAAAAACAUAUACCCCUGGAUAUUAAUUAAAACCGGGCGGAUCCAAGGACUGUCUCAUUGCUACUUUUUUUUACAUAUCGACAUUAUUUUAUAGAAAAUCAUGUUCAUGUUUGUCAUUUGUUUGUGUCCAAAUAUUAACGUUUACAACUCCCUCAUAUAUAUGCAUAAUUAUUAUUAUAUAC